AGUAAUCGACAUCUGCCUAGUAGGGGUGGCCAUGGCGGCAGUUGUAAUCGUCUAAGAGCAUUCAUUCAUUAUCUAUCUAUCUAUUAUUCUCAUCGGAAAAACUCUCUCUUUCUCAAUCUCUCUCGGCCAUGACGAAUAUGGUGACAGCUGCUACUGAAACUAAUGGUCAACAGAACACUACGGCUAAGAGGAGAGGCUGCGGAUGCAGCAAAAAAGACUUCUUGCCGGAAGAGUCAUUCGAGAGCUGGGGAAACUAUGCGAACGCUCUCAAAAACACGAAAACAAGGUUUAAGGAUCGUCUUCUGACAAGAUCACAAGACCAACUAGAGCUUCAACAAAUGAAGGCAGUCAGUCAACAUGAGAUGAAGAAGACACUCAACUGGUUCGACAUAAUCUGGUUUGGUAUAGGAGCCGUGAUGGGUGCAGGAGUCUUUGUCCUCACCGGAGAGGCUGCGAGAAAUGUCUCCGGACCUGCAGUUGUUGUCUCCUAUUUUAUCUCCGGUUUCUCAGCCUUGCUCUCUGUUCUAUGCUAUACUGAAUUCUCAGUCGAGCUGCCGGUGGCCGGGGGCUCGUUUGCGUACUUGAGAGUCGAGCUUGGUGACUUUAUGGCUUUUGUUGCUGCCGGAAACAUUCUUUUCGAAUACAUUGUAGCCGGAGCAAGUGUGGCUCGUUCUUGGACUUCGUAUUUCGCCACACUUUGCAACCACCACCCUGAAGACUUCCGCAUUAACGCGAGUUUCCUACCCGAAAACUACAACCAGUUGGAUCCGAUCGCGGUUGCGAUAUCGCUAGCCAUUUGUUUCAUGGCAGCCCUUAGCAUAAAGGGUUCGUCCCGAUUCAACACGGUGACGACUAUAAGCUAUAUCUUGGUCAUUAUAUUUAUCGUCAUCUCCGGUCUCACCAAGGCCGAACUGGCUAACUACGUCCCUUUUGCCCCGUUUGGAAUCCGGGGUACCUUAAAAGCAUCGUCCAUGCUGUUCUUCGCGUACGUAGGAUUCGAUGGGGUCGCGACGUUAGGGGAGGAGGUUAAGAACCCGGGCCGAGAUAUACCUAUCGGACUCAUCACUUCGAUGGUGGUAAUCAUCACGACCUAUUGCCUUCUAGCCGCUACGCUCUGCCUUAUGCAACCUUACGGUUUGAUCGACGUUGACGCUCCGUUCACGGUCGCGUUCGAUUCCGUGGGAAUGCAUUGGGCCAAAGUUAUCGUCGCUCUCGGGGCGAUGAUGGGCAUGACAACCGUUUUGCUGGCUAACAUCUUAGGACAAGCUAGAUACUUCACUCACAUAGCUCGGACCCAUAUGGCCCCGCCGAUCAUGGCGUCCAUCAGCCCGAAAACAGGGACUCCAAUCAUCGCCACGGUUGUCAUGACGUUUGCAAACUCUGUAGUGGCGUUCUUCACAAGCCUGUCGGUUCUUUCCAGCCUUCUCUCCAUUUCUACACUCUUCAUAUUCUCCAUGGUGGCCGUCGCUCUAAUAGUGAGACGGUAUUACGUGACGGGCGUGACAUCUGAUAGGGAUAGACAGAGGCUGAUUGUGUUCUUGGCGGUUAUAAUUGUGUCGUCUAUUUGCACGUCAGUAUGGUGGGCGGUUGACGGGCAUUGGGCCGGGUAUGUGGUGACUGUGACAUUCUGGUUUAUGGGGACGUUGGGAUUGAAGUUGAUGGUGAAGGAGGCGAGAGAGGCUAAGAUUUGGGGAAUUCCGUUGAUGCCAUGGCUGCCUAGUGCGAAUGUUGCUAUAAACGUGUUCAUCAUGGGUUCGAUCGAUUGGGAAUCGUUCGCUAGGUUUUCGGUUUGGACAUUGUUAUUGCUUGCUUACUAUGUGUUCAUUGGAUUGCAUGCUUCGUAUGAUGCAGCACAGAAAGUGGUUAAAGAAAGCGAUGCAAACCUAGAAGCAGGGUCUUAGAUCUAAUUGUCUGCUUAUUUACUUUCAUCUUCAAAAGUGUAAUGUUGUUAAUGUUGAUUGCUAAAUAUUUGGUUAUUUAUGUCUUCACAAUAGGAAGAACAGCGCCUAUUUCUACUUAUAGCUAUUGUAAGUGAAAUAAGUUGAUGUUAUGGUGUUUUUUUUAGUUAUAAAAACUAACUUAUUAAG